UGAUUGGAUUCUCUCUGACGGAGAGGUGGAGCUGGUAGCCACUCAAAAUGAGCCGGUGGUUGAUAGAAUCUCCCACUAAGUGGAUGCUCGCUCCCAUGACAAAAGUAAUGACACAGAGGAAGACAGCAGAGCGCGGCAGCGUCCUGGGACUGCGUUCAAUCAACUGAAGGGAACAGUGAGACACACACACAGGGAUCAAGGGUCGCAGUUCUACCACAACAUCCUGCAUAGAUACUGCAUGCAAGCUUGGCAGAAAACUGGCAGGUAGCCUACUGCAUCAAAACAACAUCACACCAAGAUUCAAAGACUCCUUGAAUUCCUGGUUCGAAUCCGGAUUUGAGAGUGGGGGGACCAUGGUGUGUUUUGUAGUUUGCCAAGUUACACAGACCAUCUGGACUAAACAUCUUGCGUAAGGGAGGAGCCAAUCCAUAAAGCAAGCGCCCAAAACCUUCUAAGUCUCCUGAAAGCUCAGUUGGAUGCUUGGUUCAACAUGGACGUGCAUCACCUUCUUCUGUGUGUGGCGGUUUCACUCUGCUUGGUGAGAGUUUCUCAUCAAGACCCAAAUGAGAGCCGACUGAGAGAUGAGCUGUUAAAGGACUACAACCCACUGGUGAGACCAGUAAAAAACUAUUCUGACCCUCUCACUGUUAAGAUUGGCUUCACCCUGGUUCAAAUUUUGGAUUUGGAUGAGAAAAAUCAGAUUCUGACCACAAAUGCUUGGAUGACUCUGGAGUGGACUGACACAUUGCUGCAAUGGGACUCUAAGAAAUACAAUGGCAUCGAUAUUGUAAGAAUGCCGUCCCGUCAGAUUUGGAGGCCAGACAUUCUGCUAUACAACAGUGGUACUGAAGGAUUUGAUACCACUCAUGAUGUCCAUAUUUUGGUGUCUGAAAAUGGACAUUGCUAUCAACUACCACCAGCAAUCUUCAAGAGUGUCUGCAAGGUUGAUGUUCGUUGGUUCCCCUUUGAUGUCCAGACCUGUAAAUUAAAACUGGGCUCCUGGACACACAGUGGGAAGCUCAUUGAAUUGAAGUCUGGUGACUUGUUUCUGUCUGAGUACACAGAAAGCAACGAGUGGGAUCUUGUGGAGACAUCACAGAAGAUGACAAAAGUGUUUUAUGAAUGCUGUCCAAAUGACCCCUAUCCUGAUGUGACCUACACGCUGGUUCUACGCAGACGCUCGCUCUUCUACGGCCUCAACCUCAUCAUCCCCUGCGUCCUGCUCUCAACUCUGGCUGUCGUGGUCUUCUUGCUACCAGUGGACUCUGGAGCAAAGAUCUCACUGGGAGUGACUGUUCUGCUCUGCUUCAUGGUCCUUUUGUUGAUGGUCUCAGAAGUGAUACCAGCCACAUCUGACUCUGUGCCCUUAAUAGCUCAGUACUUGAUCGCCACAAUGAUCAUUGUUGGCCUGUCAAUCAUUGCUACGGUGGUGGUCUUGCAUUUACACCAUCAUGACCCACGAGGAAAGAAGAUGCCAAAGUGGGCUCGGGAGUUCCUCCUUAAGUGGUGUGCUCGGCUGUUCCAGAUGAAGAAUCCAGACUGUGGUCAGGUAGAGCAGGCGGGUGAGGACGUGAAUCUCAUCUCCAAAGGUGAGGGCACAGUGGAGCCGGAGGUUGGCAAGAUCCUCGAGGAAGUGCGUUACAUCACCAAGCACCUUCGUGCCAAGGAGGUCACUGAGAAUGUCCAUUCUGAGUGGAAGUUUGCAGCGUCUGUACUUGACCGUCUUUUCCUGGUGUUUUUUUCAAUUCUCAUGAUUCUGGUGACACUUGUGAUUCUUCUGUCAGCCCCAAGACAUGGCACCACCAGCCUCAAAAGUUAAAACAUUAUUGCCUGAAGCAAUCCUAACCCAGCAUAAACAUUACAAAAAUGUAAAACAUUUUUACUCACAUUAACCAUUUUAACUCUAAUGGCCUAGACAAAGGUGGUUGUGCAGGCAAAACAAAUGCUUUACUUCAGAAAGGUUUCUGAAUGAGGUUUUUUUUGUACUAACUUCUGUCGAAUUUCCACUCUUUGAGAGUAAUAAAGGUAAUCUAAUUCAAUCCAAUACUGGCUACACGUAUACGAUUUAUAGAAAUUUUAACUUCACUUAAGGGAUUUUACAUAAACAAGUAAAAUCCCUUAAUUGCACUUUUUUGUUUUCGUUGUCUUAACAGUGAAAUGUCUACAAUAAAACAAUGCAUCUUCUCUUUGAAGACCUAUUAUUUAACGUUCCAAUUUUUCAGUUUGAAGCAUUCUAGGUGACCAUCUGCCUUGGUCGUUGAUCACAGCAACCAAAGUUUAAAUUUAACCACAUAUUUUCAGAUUUUUAGAGAUUAAACAUUUUAAGGUUUAAUACCAGGGCUUCACACUGUAAACGUCAAACUAGGUUUCAAAUAAAACGGAACUUACUUGAAAUGUGGCUGUUUGGGAGAAACUGCAUGACGAUAGCUUGUUUGUAAAAAUAUAAAACAGCCUGUGUUCUAAAUGUUCAAAAGAGAGAAAGAGCAAAUACAUUUAUUUACAUAUUUAAAUCAUUUUGAUGUAAGGGAAACUAAACUACACCCUCUCUUUAGCAUUGCAUUAGUCUUUUGAACAGGGCACAAACUCAGUGAGAAUUUGGAAAUGAAAGUUCAAAGUCGUCUUGGAUCACUGUGAAGGGGGGCCGAAACAAUUA